UUUAUAAGUAGCAGACAAUACUCAGCUCUGCUGUGCGGCUGCCACUCCUCUACAUGCCCAGCACAGCCCCGUAACAGGCAGGACCAGAUUCCUCCCAGUUACUAGGUCAUUCUCCAAACACUGCCUUCAAUGGAAGUGACUGGCCCAUGAGACUGCGGGCACUGCUGGGUCACAGGGGGAAAGAGACGUCCAGCAUGGCUACACCAUACACCGACUGAGGGCAAUACCACGGAGAACUUAAAGGCCAUUUUACAUCUGGAUACAUUUACAGAUCAGUUAAGAUGAAGGAUCGUCUUCAAGAGCUAAUGCAAAAAUCAAAAGACUUGGAAGAGUCCAAGGAAACAGAGCAUGUUGGAGAAGAAGCUAUAGAGAUCCAGCAACAAGCUGUCGUCUUUGAGAGAGAACCUAUCCUUCAGGGCUUCUUACACGAAAUACGGAAGCUUCAAAAUGAUAUUACGGAUCUUUCGGAAAAUGUGACUAAGUUUGGACAGCAGCAAAAAGUUCUUGUCUCCUCAAUGAGAAGAUUUAGCGUCCUAAAGAAAGAGAGCAAUAUAACAAAGGACAUCAAGGUCCAAGCAGAAAGCAUAAAUAACCGUCUGGACACCUUAUCUCAACAAGUUCGGAGAGCAGAAACCGAAACAGGGUCUUCAUCUAGUCUUACCAGGAUCCUUAAAAACCACCAUGCUGCCCUGUUCAGAAGCUUCAAAUCCAUAAUGCUCCGCUAUAACGAAGCCAUAACCAGCAAGCAGGCCAAAUGUAAGACGUUCAUCAUAAGACAGCUGGAAGUGGCUGGCAAAGAGGUCAGUGAGGAGGAAGUGAACAAAAUGCUGGAACAGGGCAAAUGGGAUGUCUUCAACGAGAACCUCAUCACGGAAGUAAAAAUUACCAAGGGGCAACUGAACGAGAUCGAGCAGAGACACAAAGAAUUGAUCAGUUUAGAGAAUCAGAUCAAGGACCUGAAAGACCUUUUUCUGCACAUUUCGAUUUUAGUUGAGGAGCAAGGAGAGACUCUAAACAACAUAGAAAUGGCUACAAAGAACACAGAGGACUACGUCCAAAGCACCAAUGAAAAAAUUAAGUUGGCCGUGAAAUACAAGAGGAGAAACCCAUGCAAGAUGUUGUUCUGCUGCUGCUGUCCUUGCUGUUAAUGGGUCACUUGACUUUUGCUGUUUACAUUAUUUAUUUUAACAUUUUAUAAGCUAUAGAUUUCAUAUCACAUUUAUUUUAUAUAGUUCAUGUUGUACAAUAAAAGUUAUGUAUUACCAGGGAUGAGAGACGUCUGUUCUCUGAUGGCUUAGUCUUUGUUCACACUAUAGCCUUCAGCUCUACAUUUCUUCUUUAUGAAGUAAGCCUUUAAGGGCACUUUGAACUUUUAUCUUAAUUUCAGGCCAUCCACCACAGAAUCAUCAACAUCCUGCUCCAUGGAAAGUGCUAUAAAUGGAAGGGUGUUUCCUGCAAGGACACGCUGGCUCUCCUCUGCCUUCUCACGCACUGCAUGGACUAAAAACUAGCGUCUAGACAAUAUCAAUGGCCAGCACUUAGAAGAAUACUAUCCCUGAUCUCCUAAAAACGUAGCAGAUUUUUUUAUUUUCAUUUUUUUAAAGUAUGCGUAACGGCUGUGCUUCAGUGUAGAUUCAUAACUGAGAAGGAACUGCUGUUCUUUUGGGCUUCCAAAAUGUCUUCCUCAAACAUACACU